AUGAACUUGACACCCUACACCCCGCAGCAACAUGUCAACGACCUGUACGAUAUCGUGGGCUUCAUCAGCAGUGGAACCUAUGGCCGUGUCUACAAGGCCGUCUCUAAGCGCACAGCUCCCGCGCAAGCGCACAAACAUCCUACCACCGGUCGACCGAUCGAAGCCUUUGCUAUUAAGAAAUUCAAGCCGGACAAGGAAGGCGAGUUACAAUACACCGGCAUCUCGCAAUCCGCCAUUCGUGAAAUGGCCUUGUGCACCGAACUCAGCCACCCCGCUCUCAUCCACCUCGUCGAGAUCAUCCUGGAAGCUAAAUGCAUCUUCAUGGUCUUCGAAUACGCCGAGCACGAUCUCCUACAAAUCAUCCACCACCACAGCUUGCUGAAUCGCACGCCCAUCCCCGCUUCCACCCUACGCUCCUGCCUCUUCCAGCUCAUCUCCGGCCUACUCUACCUGCAUCGAAACUGGGUCAUUCAUCGCGAUCUCAAACCCGCCAACAUCAUGGUCACCUCCAGCGGCGCCAUCAAAAUCGGAGACCUCGGCCUCGCGCGGAUGUUCUACAAGCCCUUGCAUGCCCUGUUCUCCGGCGAUAAGGUCGUUGUGACGAUAUGGUAUCGGGCUCCGGAGCUCCUCCUCGGAAGCCGGCACUACACUCCCGCCAUCGACCUCUGGGCCGUUGGAUGCAUCUUCGCCGAGCUCAUGUCGCUUCGGCCAAUUUUCAAGGGGGAGGAGGCAAAGCAGGAUUCGAAGAAAGCGGUGCCGUUUCAGCGCAACCAGAUGGGCAAGAUUGCGGAGAUUCUCGGCUUGCCGAAAAAGCAGGACUGGCCGCUGCUGACCGCCAUGCCGGAGUAUCAACAUCUCGGUACUGUCGGGGUGUACAAUCAAGCGGUGAAUCGGCCAGUUGGCCUGGAGCGAUGGUAUCGCACGACCAUGGGCAACAACAACUACGCUGCCUCCAAUUCUCCUCCGCCGUCAGACGACGCUUUAGAUCUGCUGCAGAAGCUGCUCGAGUACGAUCCGCUGAAGAGGCUGACGGCUGAACAAGCGCUCGAGCAUCCGUACUUUGUCGGCGCGGAUGGUAACGACAAAGUGAGUUGGAACUGCUUCGAAGGGUUGGAAACAAAGUAUCCCGCUCGAAAGGUGACCACGGAGGCGCAGGAGAUUGGCACGAGCAGCUUGCCGGGCACGAAGAGGGCGGGACCAUCGGAUGAUAUUGGCUUGUAUGGUAAGCCGGGAUUCAAGAAGGCUCGGGAGGGAUGA